AUGCCUCCUGGCUGGAGCGAAGCAGCCAUUCAAUACAAAGCUUUGAAGAAAUGUAUCAAGCGUUUCGUUUAUGAGCUUUCAUCUUUGGGUCUGAGUGCUGAGACAAUUCGUCACCUCAUCUCUUCAUCAGAUGAUGAACAGCAGCGAGCCAUCACCAUGACUUAUUCUUUAGCCAAAGAGGGUCAUGUUGUCGUUCCUAAAAUUGUUGUGAAUAUCAAUUUUGACAAAUUGAAGGAUGACGAUUUCGCGGCUUCAAUGGUGAAGCAACUCUCUGCUUCUUCUAAUAUUGCUGAUUCUUUUCAAUCACCAACAUCUCAAACCUUUCAAAUUAAUGAGCAAAAUGGCAGUAAUAAUCAUAUACUUAAUAAUAAGUUUGCUCAAGUUCAUUCAUAUACAAAGGAUUCUGAGGUUCACCAAAUGGAGCUCUUAUUGAAUUUUGACCAUGAGUUUUUCAAAAAACUUACGACGGAGUUACAGAAUGUCGAACAUUUGCAGCAACAGCAGCGUGAAAUUUUACAUAAUGCUUUUGAUAAUCUUACUCAUGACAUUUCCUUAACUGCUUCUCCUGUCUCAAAAAAACAUUAUAAUUCGUUAUACUGUUGGAGGACUAUCUUUAAACUGUAUAUGGAUGCAGAUAUAUUUAUGUCGAGCAAGGAAGUUGAAGGAAAUCGUGAAAGAUCUCCAGAACUGGCUCAACGUCAUUUGAACUGGUUUGACCAACAAGUUCGCAAGUCUCGAUGUCUUCCGUCUUCAACGAAGCAUCGUGACUGGAUACUUUACAAUCAGUUUGUAGAGUUGAAUCGAAAUCUUCUCAAAAUGACUUUUUUCCAGAGUAUGAACAAGCUUGCUGUUACGAAAAUUUUGAAAAAAUUUGACAAACGUACUUCGCUUACUGCUCAGCCAUUAUUUUUUAAGGUUAUUGAUUCAGAUCCGCUGCUUCUUGCCGACAAUGUUGCAAAAGCUAUUUGCUUUAAUUUGAAUUCUAAAUUGUUUUCUAUUAUUCCGCAAUUACAAGAUUUCGAAUGUGCAAUUUGCUCAAAUAUAGCAUAUAAACCUGUGCGUCUUGGUUGCUCGCACGUUUUUUGCUUGCAUUGCCUAAUUAUCUUACAGAGACAAAAGGUGAAUUUAUGUCCUUUAUGUCGUGCUGAAGAUGUUUUAGAUGCCGAUUCCCGCAACAUUGACCAAGCAUUAUUAAAUUUUAUGAAGACCUUUUUCCCCCGUGAAAUCAAGCAAAAGCGGCUUGAGAACGAAGAAGAUAUAUUUUCUAGUCCAUCUUCUACUUCCGUACGUGUGGUUUCUGACAAAAAUGCAUGUAUAAUAAUGUAA